UGCGCGGGCUCCGCUCCCCUCCGCCCUGCGCCCUGCGCCCACGUCUUGCCGAUCUUCUCGGGCCGGGCCGUGAGGCGUCGCCUUGGUCGGGGCGCCCAGCCUGGACUUGGCACGGCCCGCGCUCUCCGCGCCAGCCCUCCCUCACGGAAGGGAUUUUUUUUUUUCCCUUUCCCCUUUUCCUCUGCCCGCCAUCUUCCGAAGGGGACUGCCCGGACGACGCGGCGCGGGAAGGUGCCUGACUGGGCUCAGAAAUGGGAUGCCGAGCCUCCACGAGGGUCGCCUCUUUGAGCUGCUGCUGUGACAGCAAGUGAACAAGCUGCCAGAGGAUGUCCACUACUACAGCGGCCGCCCCAGCGGGGAUCCCGGCAGUCCCGGGCCCCGUGAACCCUCCCCCACCUGAGGUCUCCAACCCCGGCAAGCCCGGCCGCAAGACUAACCAGCUGCAGUACAUGCAGAACGUGGUGGUGAAGACACUCUGGAAGCAUCAGUUUGCCUGGCCGUUCUACCAGCCUGUGGAUGCAAUCAAGCUGAACCUGCCUGAUUAUCAUAAAAUAAUAAAAAACCCAAUGGACAUGGGAACUAUCAAGAAGAGACUAGAAAAUAAUUAUUAUUGGAGUGCCAGUGAGUGUAUGCAGGACUUCAACACCAUGUUUACAAACUGUUACAUUUAUAACAAGCCCACAGAUGACAUAGUGCUAAUGGCCCAGGCCUUAGAGAAAAUCUUUCUGCAGAAAGUGGCCCAGAUGCCCCAGGAAGAAGUUGAACUAUUGCCCCCUGCUCCAAAGGGCAAAGGCCGGAAGCCGGCUGCAGGAGCCCAGAAUUCAGGUACACAACAAGUGGCAGCUGUAUCCUCGGUUUCCCCAGCAACCCCCUUCCAGAACAUACCCCCCACUGUGUCCCAGACACCCGUCAUUGCUGCCACCCCCGUACCAACCAUCACUGCAAACGUCACAUCAGUUCCCGUCCCCCCAGCUGCCGCACCGCCUCCUCCUGCGACACCCAUCGUCCCUGUGGUCCCUCCCACACCACCUGUAGUCAAGAAAAAGGGCGUGAAGCGGAAAGCGGACACAACCACACCCACGACGUCUGCCAUCACUGCCAGCCGGAGUGAGUCUCCCCCGCCACUUUCAGAGCCCAAGCAGGCCAAGGUGGUGGCCCGACGGGAGAGUGGGGGCCGCCCCAUCAAACCUCCCAAGAAGGACCUAGAAGAUGGCGAGGUCCCACAGCACGCGGGUAAAAAGGGAAAGCUAUCCGAGCACCUGCGGCACUGCGACAGCAUCCUACGAGAAAUGCUGUCCAAGAAGCACGCUGCCUAUGCAUGGCCCUUCUACAAGCCAGUGGACGCUGAGGCUCUGGAGCUGCACGACUACCAUGACAUCAUUAAGCACCCCAUGGACCUCAGCACAGUCAAAAGGAAAAUGGAUAGCCGCGAGUACCCAGAUGCACAGGGCUUCGCCGCUGAUAUCCGGUUAAUGUUCUCCAAUUGUUAUAAGUACAACCCUCCAGACCAUGAGGUGGUGGCCAUGGCCAGGAAGCUCCAGGAUGUGUUUGAAAUGAGGUUCGCCAAGAUGCCUGAUGAGCCUAUGGAGGCACCCGCGCUGCCCACUCCCACGGCCCCCGUCAUGAGCAAAGGUGCCGAGAGCAGUCGUAGUAGUGAGGAGAGCUCUUCAGAUUCAGGCAGCUCAGACUCGGAGGAGGAGCGAGCCACUCGACUGGCAGAGCUGCAGGAGCAGACUGGCUGCGGAGCCUUCCAGGAUCAGCUGUUGAAUGUCUCCUCUGUGCAGCUGAAGGCCGUGCACGAACAGCUGGCUGCCUUGUCUCAGGCCCCAGUGAACAAACCAAAGAAGAAGAAGGAGAAGAAGGAGAAGGAGAAGAAGAAGAAAGACAAGGACAAAGACAAAGAGAAGGAGAAGCACAAGGCCAAGGCGGAGGAGGAGAGGAAGGCCAAGGCGGCCCCGGCAGCCAAGCAGGCCCAGCAGAAGAAGGCGCCCACCAAGAAGGCCAAUAGCACAACCACAGCCAGCAGACAGCUCAAGAAGGGUGGCAAGCAGGCGUCUGCAUCCUAUGACUCAGAGGAAGAGGAGGAGGGCCUGCCCAUGAGCUAUGAUGAAAAGCGGCAGCUCAGCCUGGACAUCAACCGGCUGCCUGGAGAGAAGCUGGGCCGUGUGGUGCACAUCAUCCAGUCCCGGGAGCCCUCACUCAGGGACUCAAACCCAGAUGAGAUUGAGAUUGACUUUGAGACCCUGAAGCCAACGACGCUACGGGAACUGGAGAGAUACGUCAAGUCUUGUUUACAGAAAAAGCAGAGGAAACCAUUGUCAACAAGUGGGAAGAAGCAGGCAGCCAAAUCAAAAGAGGAGCUAGCUCAGGAGAAGAAAAAGGAGCUGGAGAAGCGGCUACAGGACGUCAGUGGACAACUGAACAGCAAGAAGCCCACUAAGAAAGAGAAGUCUGGCUCAGCGCCCUCAGGAGGCCCAUCAAGGCUCAGCAGUAGCAGCUCCUCGGAGUCUGCGAGCAGCAGCUCCAGCGGGUCCAGCUCUGACAGCAGUGACUCAGAGUGAACUCGGACUGGAACAGAGCUGGACAAAUGGACGUGGCACACGCCGACUGCAGUGUUCCCUCCUAUGGUUAAUAUACUUUCGUUCCAUGGUGUGCAGGUUUUCUUUUACUUCAGUGUUAUGAUCUCUUCCAGCUGUGCUCCCAGUAGGGCGGAGAGCCUCGCACGUGCACCAGACCCCUUAGACGGCCGAGCUCUGCGGGGAAUGCCUUUGCAGUUUGGUUUAGCUGUAUGGAGACUGCGGCCUGGGAUGCUAACCUGAUGACCAUAGACAUGGCGGGAGGUGUGGCUGGACCUGCCCAGUCCCUCCUCAGGCCCAGCCUUGCCCUGAGUAACUUGAAGGGAGCUUUUCAAGGGUAUUUCCCUGGAAUGGCUUGUGUUUGAAAGCUGUUAGAACACUAACCAGCAGGUUACUUCUGUCUGCAGGGGCUGAGGA